UACGGUUUGCAUUAUAUGUUAUACAUUACAGGUCACGAUCUGCAUGAAGUAACAAAGAACUUGCAGCCUCCUUUGACUAGUUAUAACAUUACCGGAUUGAGAUACGAAGAAAAUACGAAAUACUACACAAUAGUGCAGGCAUUUAAUCUAGCUGGUUUACAUACUACGGAGGUAUCUGAUGGAUUUAUGUUGGAUUUAGAACCACCAUCUCCAGGGAUUGUCAUGGAUGGACUUGUUUUACUGGACAAACACGCCACAAGCGACACCAACCGUGUCCAGUCUUUCUGGCAUGGCUUCUCUGAUACAGAAUCUGGUAUCAAAAACUAUGAAUACUGUAUUUCCUCGGGCGAUUUACCAGGGGAAUGUGAUAUUAAACCACUUUCACCAGUUGGGAUUGUUACAGACAUAGAAUUCUAUCCAGAUAUCCCACUCAAACAUGGUGGCGCUAUCCAAGGGGAGGUAAGGGCUCGUGAUGUUGUAGGACACGUGUCUAAGCUUGUGUCUUCAAAUGGCGUAAUAAUUGACACGACAGCUCCUGUUAGAGUAAAAAGCGCAUUGAAUGUCAACCAAAUCCUUAUCUGACGCAUCUUUUGAAAAUAUUUUGAACUUUGAGGCUUAUUCUACAAUAUGUGAUAAUAUAACAGAAUCACAGUGGGAUUUGGCUCGAGAUACUUGCGUUACUCUCGAGAAGUCAAAUAUGGCACAUCAUGGUUCUAUAAAACUACACCUACAGGGUUCGAUUUCACAGAAAAUUGAUACCAAAAUGAAUGGCAAAUACAGGCUGAUAUUCUAUACUUCAACUAUACCAUCACAAAUUAUUGCAUCUAUCAGCUGUUGAGGGAUACACCCAGGUAAAUGAUCAAAGACACGUGUUCAUGAUGUACAGCAAGCCUAACACUGAUACAUACUUAUGGCAGAAACAUGUUUACUAUUUCCAUUUGGAUACAAACACAUCCAUGGUACAAUUUGGAACUGUACAAACAAAUUCCGCUUUUGCUAUAGACGGGAUUGAAUUUCAACUUUGUGAAGUUUCUACGAAUGAAACAGACGAGGCAGACGGACAUGUGAACAUUCAUACAGUGUUCGUUCAUGAUUGGUCAUCAAUUCAUGCAGAAUGGUCUUUCGUUGAUUUGGAAACGGACAUACUUGAAUAUAUGUGGGCUAUUGGGACUGUCAAAGGCGGAACUCAGUUACAAACAUUUGUAAAUGUUGGACGACAAACGUUUGCUAGUAACAACACACUUAGACUGGAACACGACACUGUGGUAUAUAUAACAGUUAUUGCAAUAAAUGCUGCAGGACUACGUACGGUGAGCUACUCAGAUCCAAUUAUGAUCGACCUGACAAAACCUGAAUGUCAUUUUGUAAAUGAUGGUCCUGUACAA